AAUUCGGUUUCGGCGAUGCCAACGCCGGUGAGUGCGGCAAGGCAAUGUUUGACUGCGGAGUCGGCUCACGCGCUGGACGAGGCAGUGAGCGUGGCGCAACGAAGGGGACACUCCCAAACGACGUCGCUUCACGCGGUCUCAGCCAUCCUUUCCUUGCCUGCGUCGAUCCUACGCGACGCCUGUGGGCGUGCUCGGAGCUCUGCGUGCUCGCCUCGCCUUCAAUUCAAGGCACUGGAGCUUUGCCUCACUAUGUCACUCGACCGGCUCCCGUCGAGUCAACUUAGCGGCGACCCGCCAGUGUCGAACUCGCUAAUGGCAGCCAUCAAACGCUCUCAAGCGAACCAGAGGCGGCACCCGGACAACUUCCAUUUGUACCACCAAAUCUCUCAGCACCAGAGCGCCAUGUCCUGCAUCAAAGUCGAGUUACAACACUUGGUUCUGUCGAUUCUCGACGACCCGGUUGUUAGUCGGGUCUUCGGGGAAGCGGGUUUCCGGAGCUCCGACAUCAAGCUAGCCAUUCUCCGCCCACUGCCUCAGCAGUUCUUCAAAUACCCUCGUUCUAGAAUCCCGCCACUGUUUCUCUGCAACUUGACCGACAAUCCGGAUCCGGGUCUGACUCGACGAGGGCUCAGUUUCUCCUUCUCGGGCUUCCACAAUUUUCUGGAGGGAGACGAGAAUUGUAAGAGAAUUGCCGAGGUUUUGGGUAGGCCUAAGGGGAGGAAUCCUCUGCUUGUGGGUGCAUGCGCUCAUGAUACACUUGCAACCUUCGUUGAAAUUAUUGAAAGGAAGAAGAAUAAUAAUACCAAUUUACCAGUAAUAUUAUCUGGGUUAUGCGUAAUCUCCAUUGGAAAGGACAUAUCGAAGCUCAUAGAUGAAAAUUCUGCCAGGAGGACUGUAGACAUGAAAUUUGAAGAACUGAGUCGGUUAGUGGAUCGGAAUACGGGUCCUGGGUUGGUGGUAAAUUACGGGGAUUUGGAUUCAUUUCUGAGUUCUGAUAACAAUGGAGCUUUGAGUGGUGAAGUAGUAAACUACAUAUUUGCUCAUUUAACAAGGUUAUUGCAACUUCAUGACAAGGUAUGGUUGAUUGGUGCCACAGGAAGCUAUGAGACUUACUUGAAGUGUCUGAGUAGGUUUCCUUGUAUAGAGAAAGACUGGGAUAUGCAGCUCCUCCCCAUCAACUCUCUUAAGCCAUCAUUGCCUUCAUCUUACCCCAAAUCCAGCUUGAUGGGCUCUUUUGUUCCUUUUGGUGGGUUCUUUUCUUCGCCUUCCGACUCGAGAUGCUCACUAAGCACUUCAUAUCAGUGCAUACGCCGCUGUCAUCAAUGCAAUGAAAGGUGUGCAGAAGAAGUACUCUCUAAUUCAAAGGAAGGAACUGCUGCUUCUGUGGCAGAUCAGUACCAAUCUGGCUUGUCUUCUCGGUUGCAUAUGGCUGAGAUCAGCACAGACAAGAGAUUGGAUUUGACCAAAGAUGAUGGGAUGGGGUUAAGUACCAAAGUUGCAGAAGCUGAGAAGAAAUGGGACAAUAUAUGCCGUCGCCUUCAUCACACUUGGCCACCUGAGUCUAAUAUCUACUCCACCCAGUUUCCCACUGUUGUGGGCUCUCAGGUUGCUGAAGAGAAAGUUAAAAAUUGUGAUCGUAGCAGCAAUGAUUGUGUGGAAGUGAGUUCAAGCAGCUGCAUGAAUUUGCAGAAGAAUUCUAAAGUGCAGUCAGAUGUUCCUGCAUUUGCCAAGUCCAAGAACGAGAGUUUCCUAUCCAGAGCAGAAGAUCUCGGAUCAAGCAGUUGCAAAUCUCCUUGCGCUCAAUCGAAUUCAAGCAUUGGUGAUGGUUUCCUAACAUCUCCGACUUCUUUGACUUCUGUGAUCACAGACUUGGGUCUAGGAAUAACAUGCUUCAGUCCUACAAAUAAUGAAUUGAAGAAAUCAGAGAAUCAAAAUGGUAUGAAACUUACACAGGAGUUAUCAGGCUGCUUUUCAGCAAAUGUUGACAUCAGCAACGGGAGUAUCUCCGACGAUCAUGCUCGGUUUUCAUCCUCCUCAUGUCCAGUCUCAUGUGGGCGGUUUGAUCCAAUCAAUUUCAAAAUGCUCUACAAAGCUGUAACUGAAAGAGUUGGGUGGCAAGAUGAGGCUGUCCAUAUUAUUUGCCAAACUGUAGUUCAGUGUAGGGAAAGAAAUGAAACAUGCCGGGGGACUAAUCCAAGACGGGAUAUAUGGUUCAACUUUGCUGGACCUGAUCGGUGUGGCAAAAAGAAAAUUGCUGCUUCCCUUGCAGAGUUAAUAUAUGGAAGCAGGGAAAAAUUUAUCGCCGCUGAUCUAAGUUCUCAGGAUGCUAGCUAUGAUGCGAGGUUCAGAGGGAAGACUGUCAUUGAUUACAUCGCCGAGGAGUUGGGCAAGAGGCCCUUUGCCAUUGUCUUUCUUGAAUAUGUAGAUAAGGCCGAUUUGGUGGUUCAGAAUAGUUUGUCCCGGGCUAUUUGGAGUGGUAAAUUUCCAGAUUCUUAUGGGAGGGAAGUCAGCAUCAGUAAUGCAAUAUUUGUGAUUACUUCACCUACAGGCGACACUAGAAUCAUUUCUUCACCGGAGAAGCCGCCUACCUACUCCGAAGAAAGAAUACUGGGAUCAAAGGCCUGGCUAAAGACAAUGUUGAAUGAACAUACAGUUCAGGGAGAUACUAGCCAAAAUCUGAUUAUGUCCUUCACUGUGAGAAAAGGAGUCUGUGACCCCAUCUUUGCAAACAAAAGAAAGCUGUUUGGUCGGACUGAAAUUAUAGAGCAGAAUGAUGUCCCAGAUUUUGCAAAACGGGCUCAUAAAACAUCAAUGAAGAACCUAGACCUGAACAUCCCCUCUGGAGAGAAUGAGAUGCAGGAACAUAUUGACUUUGAUUCCAUGUAUGAGAACCCCAAGGCUUGGUUGCAAGAUUUCCUUGACCGGGUGGAUAAAACAGUGGUUUUCAAGCCCUUCGAUUUUGAUCGUCUUGCAAACAGCCUGUUGGCUAAAAUCAGUAACACCUUCCACAGUAUUGCUGGCUCGGAGUGUAUGCUGGAGAUCGAGUCGAAAGUCAUGGAGCAAUUACUGGCAACUGCAUACUGUUCUGAAAGGAAAGAAGUGGUGGAAAAUUGGGUGGAGCAAGUCCUUAGCAGGGGAUUUGUGGAAGUGCAGAAAAGGUACAAUCUUGAUUCUAAUUCUGUGGUUAAACUAGUUUGCCAUGAAGGCCUUGGCUUGGAUGAGCAAAUGCCAAAAGUCUACCUUCCUUUGAAAAUCCUAAAGCAUUAACUGUGGUCGAAAAGUUUGUUAUUGUAGUUAUAUGUACAAUUUAGUCUUUAGUGCUAGUGAAUCUUGUUUAGCCUGUUAGUCCCCAUGGUUCCAAUGGGUUUUUGCAGGUUUGAAUUAGGAUUUGUUAUGAUAUUAUACAUAAUCUCUAGUUAGUGGUUGCCUGAUAUAAGGUUGGAUAGUUGUAUGUAUCAAUAGUAGUAUUUUUUUUGGUGAUUUCUGUCACUCAAGUUGUGUAAGCGCUUAUAUAUAUACCUCUUGAAAAUAAAUUUUUAUCUUAAUAUGAGAAAGAAUAAUAAAGUUUGGUCAU